UCUGCACAGAGUCCUUUUAAAUUCAAAAGAGACCAUGGGAGAAUGGGGUUUUCUGUCCUCUCUACUGGACAAGGUCCAGUCCCACUCCACCGUCAUAGGGAAGGUCUGGCUGAGUGUGCUGUUUAUCUUCAGGAUCAUGAUCCUUGGAGCCGGAGCAGAGAAGGUGUGGGGCGAUGAACAGUCGAAUAUGAUUUGUAACACAAAACAGCCUGGUUGCAAGAACGUCUGCUAUGACCACGCCUUCCCAAUCUCACACAUUCGAUUCUGGGUCCUCCAGAUUAUCUUCGUCUCAACACCAACGCUGAUCUACCUUGGUCAUGUCAUCCACAUUAUCCACAAAGAAAAUAAAAUGAGAGAGUAUAUACAGACCCACUCUAGUAGCGAAAUCGUCAAAGUUCCCAAGUACUCUGAUGAAAAAGGCCACGUCAAGAUUAAAGGCAACCUGCUGGGUAACUACAUAACCUCCAUAUUUUUCAGAAUCCUUCUGGAGGUAGCGUUCAUUGUGGGGCAGUAUUAUCUGUAUGGGUUUAUCAUGGACCCAAGAAUCGUCUGCUCCAGAGCACCUUGUCCCUUCACUGUAGAGUGCUACAUGUCCCGACCCACAGAGAAGACCAUCUUCAUCAUCUUCAUGCUUGUAGUCUCCUGCAUCUCUCUUCUACUCAACGUAGCAGAGCUCUUCUACCUGGCGUGUUUUCGCUCAUCUAGACGAAGGUUUAAAACACUGCCGUCCACUGCUAUUUCCAUUCACCCACUUUUAAAAGGUGACAGGGAUGGAAAAUGAGAAGCUUACUCUCCAUAAUGCCAGUCACAGUACAGUAAUUUAGAUCCAAUGUGCCGCAUAGUUACCAAAAAAACAAACAAAAAAAAAAGUGACUAACAGGGCUAAAUCCACAAAAGACCGUGGCUCACAUGUGUAUAAAUUACACAAUGUGAUACUUCAAAAAGACCUGAAAAUGAAGCAAAUUUGGUAAUGUAUUAGUAGACUAUUUGUGAAUAGUUACAAGCAUUCAUAUAUUUAAAAAUGUGAUUAUACGAUAGUGUCAAUGAAGCAAACUUUUAAAAUUUGUUAAGGACAAAAGUGAGUUUUUGUGUGCCAUUAAGUGGCACAUUGGUAACUGUGACAUUCGCAGAAGUCAUUAAUUCUGCUGUGGUCUGUGACUACAUGGCUUGAUGUCAGAGGGACAUGACCCUAUAACUUGACUUGACUGCAGAUAGCUCUGUAUCUCUGUACCAAUUUGCUUUGGCCAAAAGCCAUUUUGUAAUGCUACAACCUUUUUAUGUUCUAAAGCAGUGCUGAGGUGCCAGUAUACUUUUUAAAUUUAUUUUUUCAGUUUAUUAUAUAAUUUGCUGGCAUGACUUUUAAAACUGUAAAUAUUUGAAUUGAAUUACAAAUAAUUUGUUUUUUCAUGUUUAAUAUGACUGUAUGUGCCUUGUGUUUGUAAAUUAUUGUAAAAAAAAAAGAGUACUGAGGAAAGGGUACACAUAUGUUUAUUAAAAUAUGUUAGUCCAAGUAAUUUUCAAACUGCCUCUCAGUUUUUGUUUCAUUAUCACUGUUGUUACUCAACAUACUCAUGCAAAAUUAAUUAUUUCUGUUCCCAGGUUUCACUGAAAUUACAUUUAACCUACUAUCACUAAUUUAGUAACAGAAAAACAAUUUUUGAAAAACCUCUAUUGGAUAUUGUAUUAAAAUAAUCACAUCAGAGGAGAA